AUGCAUGAGUGUCAAAUCAAUCUGCUGCAGUACCUGCGCUCAAAGACCCAGGUCGAUGUCGAUAGCUUUGAUGCUGACGUAUCGACGGAAGUCCCGGGGUGUGUGGAUGGCACAUCUAAUCCUGCAGAGAUUUACGGGGAGAUGAUCAAGCCACGCCACGAUGGUCGGGUAAAAGAAGUCCUCGCUUUUAGUAAUAAGGUGAAGUCUGAAUUCCCAACUUUGAGGCUGGAGGAGCUAGCAUUUGAAGUCAUGGCAAUUCGGCUAGCCUUCCUUAUUAUUCCUAACAUCACUGGUGCUGUGCAUGUGAUGGCAAAUCCGUGUUACUCCUUUCGCACGGAGAAGAUUGUCGAGACUGGAAAACGGUUACAUAAAAUUUGCAGGCUCCUAGAUCCCGCUUUAGACGACACCAAUCGGUUGGUCAUGAAGGUGGCCGCCACAUGGGAAGGCCUCCAGGCAUGUCGGGAAUUGGCACUUUGCGGGAUAAAGACCCUGGCAACGACGGUGUUUACGAUGGAACAAGUCGUCUUGGCUGGUGAGGCCGGUUGUAUUUCCAUGUCACCUUUUGUUCACGAAGCAAAAGCGCAUUUUGAUGAGAAAUACUCAGAUGAAAUGCCUCUUCUUCGCCUGUGCGUCCAGGCACAGCAGUUCUACAAGAAGCGGUCCAUAAACACAAAAGUCAAAGCAUGCGCCACACUCUCGGUUGCCGAGAUCUUACAGUUGGCUGGCGUGGACGCCUUGACUAUCAUGCUUGAGGACCUCCAGAACCUCCAGAAAGGGACUGGUUGCAUAUGUUUGAUUGAAAAUCAAUCCCUGUUUGGUGAUAAUUCUAUCCCUGACGAUAACGACUAUCCUUCAUACCUGCAUGAUGAGAGUACCUAUCGUCUUGACUUUUCUCGUAGUGACCAAGGUAAAGCCCAGUACAAAUUGAUGCAGGUCCUAGCCAUCUUUUCGGACUUUCAAUUCAAAGGAGAGGAAUUUAUGAAAGCGCACCAACAACUUCUU